CCGAAUGGAAUAUUCUUACCCGGAAGUUAGAGUCGCGGGAAAUACGGAACAGCUGGACCGACCCAACGUUGGAAUUGGAAGGCCAGCCGGAGCCGCCGGGGCAUGCACUAGCUAGUGCAUGCUCUGCAUCAUGCGAUCCCGCUGCACGGGAGGCCACACGUCCUGCCGCGCCGGCAAGAGCAACUGGACGAGUCGACCCGCAGUUUACUUUUGGAAGAUCUAUCAUCUAGCUGAUAUUGUUUGAUACUAACAGAUGAUGGAUGAAUCAUCACAUCCAGAAAUAAAGUCUGCACCAGAACUGAAGUUUGCCCAAGAAGUGAAUCCUGCCCAAGAAGGGGAAGGGCAGGAUGGCAGGGAAGGUGGUAUUGCCUUUCCGUUUCCUUUUCCACCUUACUCAAUACAAGAGGACUUCAUGAAGCACCUGUAUGAGGCCCUGGAUGGUGGCAAGAUUGGUAUCUUCGAAAGCCCUACAGGAACCGGAAAGUCACUGAGCCUUAUUUGUGGAGCGCUGAAAUGGCUGAUGGAUCAUGAGAAACAAAAACAGAGGGAGCUGGAAGAAUUGAUGGAACAGCAGGAGAUUGAAACGCCUGAAGAAAGCAAUAGAAAGCAGUCAUCUGGAGCCCCUGACUGGGUGAUGGAGUUUGAUUCGAAGCGAGAGCAGAUGGAGAAAACAACCAAGCUCAUGGAAGAGAGAGAAAAGAAGCUGAAAAGGGAGGCCAAACUGGAUAAAUUAAAGAGUGAUCUUCGUCAACGAGCUUCAUUUAAACGCAAGAGAUUAUCAACCACUGAUGACUCCUUGGGACCAGACAAAGACUCAAAUGGACAAGAUCCUGCACAUCAAGGCAUCAAGGAAGCAUCCCCUGGGGAAGAGGACGAUGUCGAUGAUCAUUUGGUGGCUGACUACCAGAGUGACGCUGAUAAUACUGAAUCAGAAGAUGAAAAUAAAGAUGAGAACGAGGAGCCUGAAGAGAUGACGAAGAUUUUCUACUGCAGCAGAACGCACUCUCAGCUGAGCCAGUUUGUCCAUGAGGUUCAGAAGAGCCCUUACCACGAUGACGUCAAGGUCGUGACCUUAGGGUCAAGACAGAAUCUGUGCAUCAACGAAGCUGUGAAGAAGCUUAGCUCCAUGACGCUCAUCAACGAUCGCUGUCUGGAGAUGCAGUCCAAGAAAAAAUCAGGCAAAAAGGAUGCCGAUGCCACCCAACCCAAACGUAAACGCUCCAAGCAGUCCAAAGCCUGCCCUCACUUCAGCCAAGGUCCGCUAAGUCUCUACAAGGACAGGGUGGCCAUCGAGGUCAUGGAUAUGGAAAGGUUGGUGGAGGUCGGGAAGGAAUUGAAGGCCUGUCCCUACUAUGGUACUCGUUACGCCGUCCCAAGUGCUCAGUUGGUUGUCCUGCCUUACAACAUCCUCUUGCACAAGUCAACAAGAAAGGCAUGCCGUAUCAACCUCAAAGGCAAUGUUGUUAUUGUCGAUGAAGCCCACAACUUGAUAGAAACUAUCUGCAAUGUCCAUAGUAUAGAAGUUACAGGGGCACAGCUUUGCCGAGCUCAUUCACAAUUGAGUCAAUACAUGCAGAAGUUUAAGAGCCGGCUCCUGGCCAAGAACCUGAUGUACAUCAAGCAGCUCCUUCAGAUCCUCUCCAGCUGGGUCCGCAGGCUUGGAGGGAGAGUAGACUCGUCUCCAGACUCCCAAAAGAUGAGCGGAUCCGGCUCCACCUCCCUCUUCACCAUCAAUAACUUUCUCUUUGAGACCCAGAUGGAUAACAUCAAUCUCUUCAAGCUGCAAAGGUAUUGCCAAAAGAGUCAAAUAUCAAGAAAGUUGAAUGGCUUUGUGGAGCGGUAUCAGCCGUCCUCUGUCAAAGUUCAUCAAGCUGAGAAACCAAAGGGGUCGGGCAUGACGCAGUUCCUACAUCAGAUUAGCCAAAGAGGACAGGCUCCAACUCAAAAUAAGCAAACAACUCCAGAAAAGUCUGAUGAGGAGAACCAUGUUUUUUCUUCUCCACUAAUGCACAUAGAGGGAUUCCUACUAGCCUUAACCAAUGCAAAUAAAGAUGGACGAAUCGUUGUGCACAAAAAAGAACUCCUGAGCCAGUGCAGCCUGAGGUUCCAACUUCUCAACCCUGCCGUUCACUUCACCGAUGUCGUGAAGGAGGCUAGGGCCAUUAUUGUUGCCGGAGGAACCAUGCAACCGAUAGAAGAAUUCAAACAUCAGCUUCUUGUCUGUGCCGGGGUCCAACCGGAAAGAAUCUUAGAAUUCUCAUGCGGUCAUGUGAUUCCUCCUGAUCACUUACUACCAAUCUCCCUAUCCAAAGGACCCACGGGACUAGAAUUAGACUUCACAUACCAACAUAGAGACCAACCUCAAAUGAUGGAUGAAGUAGGGCGUGUCCUGGUCAACAUCUCCAACAUCACACCAGGGGGCGUGGUCUGUUUCUUCCCUUCCUAUGACUACGAGAAGCAGAUCUACCAGUACUGGGAAUCCCAGGGUGUCCUCACCAGGCUAGGCCAUCGUAAGAAGAUCUUCAGGGAACCAAGGAAGGCUAAUCAGGUGGACCAGGUCCUGGGACAGUACUCUGCAACCAUCGAGAAAGCUUGUAGUGGAUGUACACUAUCAGGCCUGAACGGAGCAAUGUUAUUCUGUGUGGUCGGUGGAAAGAUGAGCGAGGGCAUUAAUUUCUCUGACAAUCUAGGAAGAUGCAUCGUGAUGGUGGGUCUUCCUUAUGCUAACAUCAAGUCCCCAGAACUGAAAGAGAAAAUGGACUACCUCAAUGCAAAUAUGCCUCAAAUCAAUGGUCGGAGUGCUGGACAGGUCCACUAUGAUAACCUCUGUAUGAAAGCUGUCAACCAGUCCAUAGGUCGAGCUAUACGCCACAAGGGAGACUAUGCCACCAUCCUGCUCUUAGACCAUCGCUAUACCAGACCCUCCAUCCAGUCCAAGCUCCCUGGAUGGAUCUCACAGAGGCUACAGAUCGCCCCUCGCUUCGGUCCUGCAUUUGCCUCCAUCAACAGGUUCUUUGUGGACAAGAGACCAGACAAGCAGGAGUAAUACAGACUGCAUUACCGGUGUUUCAAAUGAGGACAGGCCAGAGAAAAACUGAAGCUCUUGUGUGUUGUGUAAUAAAGACACAGGUGAUUCAGAGCUGACAUGUAUUACUGGUUUUCAGUAAUUAUUACUGAAAAAUGAGAAAGAAUACUCAGGUGGUUUCAUGCAGAUUACUGAUUUCUAAAGUUUCAGUUUAUGUGUUGUCCUAUGGUAUUUCUGUGAAAAUAAUGAUUUUCUUACCAAAAUACUGAUUUUCAGCCUUUAAAAUACUGAAAUGUUCUUGAACAGGUUGGCAUCUCUGGUGAUUAUCUUCAACACGCUCUAUUCGCUGUGAUUCUCUCCUAUCCAAGGGGACUUCGGACCUUGGUCCUUAGAACCUGGGUCCUGCACUUGGGAUUCCUUGUUAAGUGUAAUAUUUUUGUUUGUGUUUCCUGUUCUCACUUGUGGCCUGUGCCAUCUCGGGAAAAAAUAGGCAUAUCAUGUUACUGAACAUUGUUGGUGCAUUUGUCGUAUAAUCCUUUAAUUUUAUUUUUCAUGUCAAUCAUUCAAGUAACAUGCAGUCUCAGACUGAUUUCUUUUCUUGUUCAUUUGUGACCUCAUCAGUGAAGGGAGGGGGGGGGGUAUGAAGCGCAUGAUUUGGAUGUUGCAAUGUUUGUUGAGUAUCGCAAUGUCUGGUGAGUAUCAUAAUAUUUUUGUUCUUUAUUCUCUAAAGCGAAUAUGACUUUUUGAGGUAUGAAGGCAUGGUAAUCGAUCUAUUGGACUACUUUUUGCUGCAGGGAUGUAAUAAUUUGUCAUUAAAGAAUGAGUUGACAACUGAAGGUCAAGUAAACGUCUGCUGUUACCACCCAAUGCGUUUUCAUAAUGAAUCAUAUCUAAUAUGCAAAUUAUUCCUAAGCAGAGUUUAUUUUUCUUGCCAUAGUUCAGGAAAGUUUUUGCUGGGAGAUUUAGUCUAGGAUCACCCACAAAUUAGAUGGGUGGGGUGAAAGGGUGAUUUCCCAUUUCUUUUAUUCAACAACACUGACAGUUUAAAAAAAGUGAUAAUGAAGAUAUCUACAGUACCUGGAAUAUAACUACAUGUAAUUCAGUGAUAAGGUAUACCAAAUUUGUUAUGAGAAUUGUAUUACAUUAGACGUGUAUCGUCUUUAUUUUGUAAAUGACAUCAAAUGUCUUUGUAAUAAGCUUUCCUCUACAUGUAUUUUGGAAAGAAAAAAAUGUUAUCAUCUUGUAUUUCUGAUUGCUGGGAGCAAUGUACAUGUAAAUGUAGAGUAGGUAUUUCUAUUUAUUUCAACUUGAUUAUGUGAUUCUAUUGAAAAUGAAAGAAUUAAACUAUGAAUACUAAAUA